AUGAACCCAUACAGAGUGCAUCUGACAUCUCCAAAGACCUAUUGUACAUUCUUGGGUGAUUGUGGAAACAUUUCCAACGAACCGAUAUGUGGAUCCGUGGCAGUCACUAUUCCUACAUCCCAUGUCGACUCCUCGGAGUAUGCCGCGAUUACAGUCCAACUGACACGCCAUGUGGUACUGAGACGUUGCCGUUCUGCGAAGACUCGUCGGCGUGAUAGUGGUCUGUUUCAGAUUUUGCACAAACGCCGUUCAAUCCAGGAGCAACCCAGCCCGACCUGGGAGACGAUCUCGGGUGACAAUGCUGAGACAUUGAUGCAAUGUCACCUGUGGCAGACGCCAGACCAUGUCCAGCAUCCGCGUCACCCGGACGAAGCAGUCUUGAAGUUCAACUUUGCAGUCCCCGUUGACCACCUGACACUGGCGACAACAGAGACGCCGAUGGGAGUCAUUUCAUAUACGAUCACGGCGACUGCGAGGUUCCCAUGCGGGAUGACAAUGACAACCACGAAACCGAUCGAGAUGCUCCGUCGUAUGAUUCCGGGUUUUCGUCCAACGUUCCACCAUUUCCGCUAUUUCCCUGGUGAACAAGUUACAAUGGGACUAGACGUCACCCCAGAAGAGCCAGUGGCAGCCGGUACGGAAGCUUCAUUUACUGCCCGGCUAGCAGCGUACAAGACUAUCACGCCAGGCCCACGAGCCACAGAGAUGAGACACGUUGUGAUCGAGGAGCUCCGGUGGUGGGUUCAAGAAACCGUUGGAGUUUUGACAGUGUCCGGCAUGUGUGGUGCCCAGGAUGUGAUCCGUGAGAAGGAGCAAUCCGUGCGCCGAUUGUGUGAGGGAAGGCAGAGCGGCCGCUGGAGCGCAACCGGGGGUCAACGCAAGACAGAAACCACGAGCGACAUAAUCAAGGUCGAUUUCGAUAUCGUCAUCCCAGUCACUGCCAAUAUGGCAGAAGAGCUGGACAUGGCAGCGUAUAAUAUCGAUGCCAAACAGUCACCUCGACACCAACCCUCUUGCGAACACUGCUCUAGAGCGGCCAUGAAUGUUGAGAAGCCUGCAAUCAUUGUGAAUCACCAACUGGGCAUUGAAAUCAUCGCAAGUGAGGACACAAUUGACCAGGUCACUGGAAGUCUUGUUGAUCGAAAACCUUGGCGGAAAGCCUUUCGCGCUUUGAUUCAGCUUCCAAUACAUGGAUUUGCCUCUCCUCAGGAGGUUCCUGCUGCCAUCUUCCAAGGUAGCGAGAUGCCUCCAUUGUAUGACAACACAUUGCAGCCUCCUGAGUAUGGAUUCAUAUAG